AUGGUGGAAUCGGCCAGUCGGGAGCGCGUCUUAUUUGACGGUGAAAGCGGCGACGACGACCCAUGGAGCCUUGGGACAGACGACGACGUUCCGCUACUGAAGCGGAGGCUGCGCCAUCACCUACAGUCCAAGUCGAAGCGGGCCCGCGUGGUGCUCUCUGACGACGACAGUCCGGGGGAGGAGCGUCGCCCGAAACUCACCGCUGCGGAGAAGGGAAAAGCCAAGGUCGCGGAAGCCCCUGCUAAGACCCCUGCUCGUCGCCGCACAAGCAAUAAGAAGCGGACAUCCGACGGAGACCCGGGAUCUAGCAAGGGUGCGACUAAGAAGAAGGCGAAGAAGGCGUCGAAUCCUGACGACAUCGUCGUGAACGAGACUCUGGGCAGCGACGAUGAGUACGCGGCGGCGGCGGGCCCGAUUCCCACGUUCCCUGAGAAGGUCACGCCGAAGGACCCCACCCUCCAUAAUCCCAACACCCGCCCACCUUCCCCUCGCAGCAAGGACACUACGAGGAAGCGCCGCAGUUGGACCGUGCGUGAGAAGCUUAAGUGGGCGCGCCACUAUCUGGAGCUCGGCUCCUUGAAGAAGACGAGCGUGGAGUCAACCGCGUCCAUCGCCUGCAUCAGACGCUGGAGAAUCGUGGUCCAAGCACAGGACAACGCGUGGAUGGGCGAGAGCGCUGUGCAAACCUGGCUGUCCAAGGAGGUGCUGCCCCAUCUGAACCCCCAGCGCGGCCAGAACGCGAGGCGUGCGAUGCUGGUGUUGGACUCCUACCGUGGUCACAUCACCCAUACCAUGCUUCAGUCAUACCGCACGCACAGCAUCACCCCUGCAGUCAUCCCAGCGGGUUGUACGAGCCAGAUUCAACCCCUGGACGUCUCAAUCAACCAGUGCUUCAAGGCUGCUGUGCGAGCGUGCUACGCCAGGUGGUUCAUGCGGAUCCUGCGGAGGCCGCCGCACCCCGUGGUGCUGCAGUGGAUCGCGGAGGCUUGGGAUCAAGUCCCCAAGCAGAUCAUCAUCGACGCGUUCCGCCACUGUGGGAUCUCAAGCAAGCUGGACGGAACGGAGAACCACCUGGUGAUGUCUCACCUGCGCGCCAGGAGCACCACUGAUGUCUCCGCGGACAUGUCCCUCGGGGGGACCACAGGCGACAACACGCGCCUGCUCGGUCGGGCUCCAGAGGAGGAGGAGGAGGAGGAGGAGGAGGAGGAGGAGGAGGAGGAGGAGGAGGAGGAGGAGGAGGAGGAGGAGGAGGAGGAGGAGGAGGAGGAGGAGGAGGAGGAGGAGGAGGAGGAGGAGGAGGAGGAAGAGGAGGAGGAGGAGGAGGAGGAGGAGGAGGAGGAGGAGGAGGAGGAGGAGGAGGAGGAGGAGGAGGAGGAGGAGGAGGAGGAGGAGGAGGAGGAGGAGGAGGAGGAGGCGAUGCAGGCGGAGGGCGUGCGGGAGGUGGCAGUGGCAACCGGCCUGGAGGUGCUGUACCAGGAGACCCCCAACUACCGCGGGGCGGCGGCCGAGGCUGACCGCAUGAUCGAGCCUAGGGAGAUGGCUAGGCAUGCCUGGCAAGUGCCGGACCUGGGUGUAGAGCCUGUUGUUAGCGCAGGCGAGGGGGCGGUGACUGAGGGGGGUUAG